AUGGCUGCGCCUGAAUCGUCUAAAUCGGCAGUGGAUGGACAGAGGGAGUCCGAGCCAGAUAGUCUGCAGAAUGCUGCUGGUGAAGAGGGUGGGCCUGCUAAGGCUGAAGACAUUAAGCUUCCCUUCUUCCCUAGCUAUAUGAGAAUCCUCUCGUACGGUACUGGAAACUAUGGCUGGCUUCUUAUGGUCGUAGGCCUUGCAUGCUCCAUGGGCUCUGGAGUUGCUCUCCCUUUGAUGAACAUUGUUUUUGGGGAUAUCACCAAAGACUUUAGCGAGUACUUUGUUCCUGGAUCUGGUAUCACAGAGUCCGAGUUCAAGGCUGCAGUCAACAAGAAUUCGCUCUUUAUUCUGUACCUGUUCAUUGGAAAGUUCAUACUAACCUAUAUCUUCACGAUCUCCUUCCGAGUAUUCAGCCUGAAAGCCUCCUCCGCAAUCCGGCUCGAAUACAUGCGCGCCCUAUUCGCACAGCCCGUGAGCAAACUCGACGAAAUCUCCGUCGGCAGCGUCACAAACACCAUCACCGGCCUCUCCAACACCCUCCAGGAGAGCAUGUCCGACCGCCUCGCCCUCCUCUUCCAAUCCAUCGCCAUAUUCAUCGCCGCAUACGCAAUCGCCUUCCGGUACUCCUGGGCCUUGACGCUGGCUGUCAGCUCCGCGAUCCUCUUCAUGGGCCUGUGCGUGACAGUCGCAGCCCCGAUCUUGAUUAAGGGCAAUCGAGCUGUGGAGCUUGCAGACGAGAAGCACGCUGCUGUUGCCGCGGAUGUCUUUAGUUCUAUCCGGACUGUGUUUUCGCUGGGUGCUGAGGCGUCUCUUGCCAGGAGAUAUGGGGAGUGGGUUGAGGAGGCGAGGAGGAGAGGCAUGAAGCUGGCCCCUGUUAUGGGUGUGCAUCUGGGACUGGUGUUCUUCUCUAUGUAUGCGAGCUUUGCGCUGGCGUUCUGGUUCGGGUUGAAGCUUUAUCGCGAGGGGAGGAUUCCUGAUGUGGGUGUUGUUAUUACUGUUUUCUUCUCCGUCUUGAUAGUUACGACUAUCAUGGGCAGCAUUCUCGCGCCGGUCAUGGUAAUCACCAAGGCUGUUAGUGCGUCCGGGUCGUUUUUCUCUAUCAUUGACUCUGAACGGAAACCGGUUGAUGGGGUGAGAGUGUCCAGUCGGUCUGAUAUCGUCUUUAGCGAUGUGACAUUUGCGUAUCCAACCCGGCCUGAGGUAUCUGUGUUGAAAUCUUUCAGUGUCUGUUUCCAACGGGGAAAAGUAACAGCCCUGGUUGGACCUUCGGGGUCUGGGAAGAGUACCAUUGUUGCACUGCUUGAGAGAUGGUAUGACCUGCAGAUGCACAGUGCAUCGGAGAAGGGAGAAAGCGAUGUAAAGCCGACAGCAACGGGCAGCAUCGAAGUGGAUGUCCACAAUAUCAACGAGUUGGAUUUGAAAUGGUGGAGAUCGCAGAUCGGGCUCGUCCAGCAAGAACCGUUUCUGUUCCAUGAUACAGUCUACAAUAAUGUCUGCUUUGGCCUCAUUGGGUCUGAAUGGGAGGGAGAGUCGGAUCAGGUCAAGAAGAAACUCGUCGUUGAGGCAUGCAAGGAGGCUUUUGCUGAUGAGUUUGUGCAGCGACUGCCAUUGGGCUACGAGACUAUCGUCGGCGAAGGGGGCAUCACGUUGAGUGGUGGGCAGCGCCAACGCCUAGCCAUUGCUCGAGCCAUUGUCAGCCAGCCCACGAUAUUGGUAUUGGAUGAAGCAACCAGUGCGAUCGACGUUCGUGGAGAGAAGAUUGUCCAGGAAGCCUUGGACCAUGUUUCCAAGGACCGUACAACAAUCACGAUUGCGCAUCGACUGUCGACCGUCCGGAAUGCAGACCACAUUGUUGUAAUCAAGGACGGGGCAAAGUGCGAAGAGGGAACCCAUGCCGACCUUCUCUCCAUGAAUGGCGUUUACCAUGACUUGGUCCAUGCCCAGCAGCUUGAGCCACUGACUGAAGUGAAGGAUCCCAUGACGGGCGAGGAAGUAGGCUCCCAUGUGUACGACUCCAUGGCUCUAGAAGGCAAAGAACCCAUAAGCAACAAUGAACAUACGGAGGCAAAACCGAAGAAAGUCAGGGCAUUUCGAACUUUCGGUUUCCUGAUGUACGAGCAGCGCAAAUACUGGUGGCUUUACAGCGUCGUCCUGGUGGCUGCCGGUGCUGGCGGAGCUGGAUACGCCAUUCAAAGCUACCUGUUUGCGAAGCUGGUCGAGGCCUUUCAGUUCACUGGAAAGCAACUCGCCGAUGCUGCCAACUUCUGGGCGCUGAUGUUCUUCAUCCUGGCACUGUGUGUGAUGGCUGUUUAUUUCACGCUGGGAUUCAGCUCAACUACCUUUUCAUCUUUUGUCGCGGCAGUAUAUCGCAAGGACUAUUUCCAGAGUCUGCUGCGCCAGCCAAUUCCCUUUUUCGACCAGGACGCCAACGCCUCUGGAAGCCUUGGUGGGCGUCUCUCUAGCGACGUGCGACAGCUUCAAGAACUAUUCGGGACAAACGGAAUAUUCCCCCUAAUAUCAAUUUUCACCGUGGUUGGCUGCGUCGCCGUGUCGUUCGCCUUUGGGUGGAAGCUCGCGGUAGUUACAUUCUUUGCAGCACUACCGAUUAUCUUUGGAGCUGCGUACAUCCGCGUUCGAUAUGAGUUGGAGUUUGAGGAGUUGAAUGCAAAAGUCUAUGCGGAGAGCUCCAAGUUCGCGGCCGAAUCUAUACGUGCGUUUCGCACUGUCAGUGCCCUCACGAUGGAGGGCCAUAUCCUAGACAAGUAUUCCGGGUUGCUGGCGGAACAGCGACAGAGGGCCCUGCGUAAGGCGUGGUUCGCUGCUUUGAUAAUUUCACUCUCGAGUACUGUCGACUUUUGUGCCAUGGCUCUGACCUUCUGGUAUGGUGGCCAGCUCCUCGUAACAAGAGAGUAUGACCUAGUGGCCUUCUUCGUCGUCUACAUUGCUAUUAUUCAAGGAGGACAGACAGCUGGUCAAUUCUUCAGCUUUGCUCCCAAUAUCGCACAGGCAAUGGCAUCGGCCAACCGCAUUCUACAGAUGCGCACACUCAAUGAAAGCACCACGACCUCUGGGAAUGUUCAAACGCCGGACUCUGCAGAUAUCCAAUUCAAGAAUGUUUCAUUCGAGUAUGCCUCUCGCGACAGCCCGGUCUUCGCAGACCUCAAUUUCACAGUCGAGAGCGGCCAGUUCGCAGCUCUUGUCGGACCUUCUGGCUGUGGCAAAUCGACCGUCGCGUCGUUACUCGAACGGUUUUACGAGCCUACACAGGGAAAUAUCUUGUUCGGACAGACACCGAUCGAUUCCAUGGAGCUAUCUUCCUACCGUAAAAGUUUGUCUCUUGUCGCCCAAGAAUCCAAACUGUUCAGUGGAACUAUACGCGAGAAUCUACUACUCGGUAUAGAGAAUGACACCUCGACGGCUGUAGAAGACCGCAUGAUACAAGCAGCCAAAGACGCUGAGAUCCACGAGUUCAUAAACUCCCUCCCGGAUGGGUACUCCACGCAGCUGGGCGCGAACGCGCAGACAUCCCUCAGCGGAGGCCAGAAGCAGCGGCUGUGUAUUGCGCGAGCGCUGCUUCGGAACCCACGACUGCUUAUACUAGACGAAGCAACAUCCAGUUUAGACUCGCAGUCGGAGAAGCUGAUCCAGCAGGCUAUAGAGCGGUUAGCUGGGAAGGGCCAGUUGACUAUCCUUGCGAUUGCGCACCGGCUGGCGACUAUCCAGAAGGCGGAUGUCAUUUUUGUGUUUGGGGAGGGUGCGUCUGGCCAGGGAUCGAGGAUUGUGGAAAGAGGGACGCAUCAUGAGUUGUUGAGGAUGAGGGGGACUUAUUGGCAGAUGUGCCAGGCUCAAGCAUUAGAUCAGUAG